AGCCAUUGGUUAGUCUCCAGGCGUUUAACAGAGUGAGCUCGCGCUGUAGAAGUAGCUGUACAGUCGUUGUCGCAAAGCCAGUGAUACCUCCGCUGCUGCCCCAGCUUUUGUUCCAGGAGCUGAAGACUCAGCGUUAGACUAGUAUUAUCUCGAAAUGAAACGAAUGUGGUUGAUUGGCCUUCUUUUUGGUCUUCUAGCCUUUGCUGCUGUAAGGGCUGAGGAUGACGUUGACGUGGAUGGAACAGUGGAGGAUGAUUUGGGAAAAAGCAGGGAUGGCUCCAGAACAGAUGAUGAGGUGGUGCAAAGAGAGGAAGAGGCUGUCCAGCUCGAUGGUUUAAAUGCAUCUCAGAUCAAGGAACUCAGGGAAAAGUCUGAAAAACACGCCUUUCAGGCUGAAGUCAACCGUAUGAUGAAACUCAUCAUCAACUCUCUGUACAAGAACAAGGAGAUUUUCCUCAGGGAGCUGAUUUCGAAUGCUUCAGAUGCUCUGGAUAAGAUUCGCUUGUUGUCUCUCACUAAUGAAGAAGCACUGUCCACCAACGAGGAGCUCACAAUCAAGAUAAAGUCGGAUAAAGAAAAGAACAUGCUCCACAUCACUGAUACUGGUAUUGGAAUGACUAAAGAGGAACUGAUAAAGAACUUGGGCACCAUCGCCAAGUCUGGCACCAGUGAGUUCCUAAACAAGAUGACAGAGAUGCAGACCGAGGGCCAGUCGACGUCGGAGCUGAUCGGCCAGUUUGGUGUGGGUUUCUACUCUGCUUUCCUUGUUGCUGACAAGGUCAUCGUCACAUCCAAGCACAAUAAUGGCACUCAGCACAUCUGGGAGUCUGACUCUAACCAGUUCUCAGUCAUUGAGGACCCCCGCGGGGACACAUUGGGCAGAGGAACCACAAUCUCACUAGUCCUUAAGGAAGAGGCUUCAGAUUAUCUGGAGUUGGAGACGAUCAAGAAUCUUGUCAGGAAAUAUUCUCAGUUCAUCAACUUCCCCAUUUAUGUUUGGGCUAGCAAGACUGAGACGGUUGAAGAGCCCAUUGAGGAAGAUGCAGAGGAGCCAGAGAAGGAGACUUCAGAAGACGAGGCUGAAGUGGAGGAGGAAGAGGAGGACAAAGAUAAACCAAAGACCAAGAAGGUGGAGAAGACUGUGUGGGACUGGGAGCUGAUGAAUGACAUCAAGCCCAUCUGGCAGAGACCAGCUAAAGACGUGGAGGAGGACGAGUACAAAGCUUUCUACAAGACCUUCUCAAAGGACAGCGAAGACCCUCUGGCUCACAUCCACUUCACCGCCGAGGGUGAGGUUACCUUCAAGUCCAUCCUGUUUGUGCCCACCUCAGCCCCCCGAGGCCUCUUUGAUGAGUAUGGCUCCAAGAAAAACGAUUACAUUAAGCUGUUCGUCAGGAGAGUCUUCAUCACAGACGACUUCAACGACAUGAUGCCCAAGUAUCUGAACUUUGUCAAGGGGGUGGUUGACUCUGAUGACCUGCCUCUAAAUGUGUCCAGAGAGACUCUGCAGCAGCACAAGCUGCUUAAGGUGAUCCGCAAGAAACUGGUCCGUAAAACUUUGGACAUGAUCAAGAAGAUCGCAGAGGACCAGUACAACGAAAAGUUCUGGAAGGAGUUCGGAACCAACAUUAAACUGGGUGUCAUUGAGGAUCACUCUAACAGGACCCGUCUGGCCAAGCUGCUCCGCUUCCAGACCUCCCACAGUGAAACUGUCCAGUCCAGCCUUGAGCAGUAUGUGGAGCGCAUGAAGGAGAAGCAGGACAAGAUCUACUUCAUGGCUGGCACCAGCAGGAAAGAGGCUGAAUCUUCUCCUUUCGUUGAGAGACUGCUAAAGAGAGGCUAUGAGGUGAUUUACCUGACCGAGCCCGUGGAUGAGUACUGCAUUCAGGCCCUUCCAGAGUUUGAUGGCAAGCGCUUCCAGAAUGUGGCUAAAGAGGGUGUCAAAUUUGAUGAGAGUGAAAAGGCCAAGGAGAAGAGGGAGGCUCUAGAGAAGGAGUAUGAACCUCUCACCACAUGGCUGAAGGACAAGGCCCUCAAGGAUAAGGUCGAGAAGGCUGUUCUGUCUCAGAGGUUAACUGACUCGCCGUGUGCUUUGGUGGCCAGCCAGUAUGGCUGGUCAGGAAACAUGGAGAGAAUCAUGAAGGCACAAGCUUACCAGACGGGCAAAGACAUUUCCACAAACUACUAUGCCAGCCAGAAGAAAACACUAGAAAUAAACCCUAAACAUCCUCUUAUCAAGCAGAUGCUCAGCAGAGUCAAUGCGGAUGCUGAGGACCAGACUGCAUCAGAUCUGGCAGUGGUUCUGUUUGAGACGGCCACGCUGCGUUCAGGCUACCAGCUCGUCGACACAAAAGCCUACGGAGACAGAAUAGAGCGGAUGCUCCGGCUCAGCAUGAAUGUACCCCUGGAUGAACAGGAACCGGCAGAGGAUGACUCUGAAGAUAAAGAGGAAGUUAUUGAUGAUGAUGAUGAAGAUGAUGAAACGCAGAUCGGUUUUGUCCACAUUCAUAGACUGAAAACAGGAAUGAGUAUAGAAAUUCCUGAAGGACUGACGGAGCUGUUACAAAGCUUUACCGUGGAAGUGUUGAGGAAUCAGCCCAGGGACUUGCUCGAGUUUGCGUUGCAGUACUUCACCCAGCUGAAGGACAGCGAGACCAAAGAGGCCUCAUUUGGCAAUGAGCAAAAUUCGGCCCCGAGAUCAGGAAAAGCGGUCAAUUUUAUUGACGAGGCCAUGCAGAUCGAUUCCGAGAACGGAGAGGACGACGACGACGACGAUGACGACGAGGAAUUCACAGCUCCGGUGAUAAACAGAUUCAUCAGAAGAGCAUCAGUUUGUGCUGAGGCCUUCAAUCCAGAUGAAGAUGAUGAAGAUAAGGAACCACGGGUCACUUACCCCAAAACCGAUGAGCAGAGAUAUAGACUACAGGAAGCAUGCAAGGACAUUCUUCUGUUCAAGAACCUGGAUCCAGAGCAGAUGUCCCAGGUUCUGGAUGCCAUGUUUGAAAAGUUCUGCACAGAAGGAGAACACAUCAUUGAUCAAGAUGAUGAUGGGGAUAACUUCUAUGUAAUAGAAAGCGGGACAUUUAACAUUUUCGUGAAGGUUGACAACGCAGAGAAGCUGGUGGGCUGCUAUGACAACAGAGGCAGCUUUGGAGAGCUGGCGCUGAUGUACAACACCCCAAGAGCAGCCACAAUAAUUGCAACCUCGCCUGGAGCCCUUUGGUGCCUGGAUCGACUGACAUUCAGGAGGAUCAUAGUGAAGAACAACGCCAAGAAGAGGAAGAUGUAUGAAGCAUUUAUUGAAACACUACCACUGCUCACAUCCUUAGAGGUGUCAGAGAGAAUGAAGGUGGUGGACGUGCUAACCACUAGGGUGUACAAUGAUUCACAGCAGAUCAUUGCUCAGGGUGAUUUAGCAGAUUGCUUCUACAUCGUGGAGAGUGGCCAAGUUAGAAUCACCAUGAAGAGAAGCCGGACAAAAACAGACCAGGAGGAAGAGGAGGUGGAUAUUGCCACAUGCACAAGGGGCCAGUAUUUUGGAGAGUUGGCUCUUGUCACAAACAAGCCCAGAGCUGCAUCUGCCUAUGCUGUGGGGAGUGUCAAAUGCUUGGUCAUGGACGUUAAAGCCUUUGAGAGACUGCUCGGCCCAUGCAUGGACAUCAUGAAGAGGAACAUUGCUAACUACGAGGAGCAGCUGGUGACCUUGUUUGGAAGUAGCCCUGAGAUUGAACAACAGAAUGCAUGAGGUGACUCCUCCAAUGGACCAUAAUCAAGAUGAUACAAAACACACUCAUACACAAAAAAGAGGCUUAUAUGGAUGUUUUCCAUGUUACUACUUUAAACAAGCUUUUUUAAGAAAACAGAAAACAAGACAUGUAAAUAUCCACCACUCUACAUCUGAAACAAGACGUGUUGAGUUUGCAACCGAACGUCACAGCUGCAGUAAGCCAAAGCAGAGUUGCGUAGAUGCUUGUUUAAUUACAUUUGCCAUGAUUUUCACCCUAAAAUAUGUGUGCAUUUUACUUGUUGGUGCCAAGUGCUUUAUUUGUUGGUAAAUGAACACUAACUUUCGCUUUUCUUCAUAACGGUAUAGCAGUAAUGCAUAAUGUGUACAUUUCUGAUCCAUGCUUUUCAUGAACUGGGUGCCAAAGCUAGUUACUCUUACUGGAUAAUUGUGAGCAGAUUUGCCUCCUUUGUUUGUCAGCGGAGGUGCAACAUGAGAAAAAUCAGGACUUUUGAUUACAGCAAAAUGUAGUUAGCCGUCAUACGAAAAUACGUUUGUUAGUCAUCAGACUGAAAUCUUUAAAUCCAUCCCCAUAAUUACUGUUAGUACAUGUUUGUGGCUUUUUGCCCAAUGCUCUGCUUUUUCAACAAAGCAAACUUCAGAAACAUAGCUGAUAGUUUUGUAACAAAAUACAACACAUUGCUGUAAAUUUUUAACUAUUUACUGUUGGACCCACUUUUAACAACAUCCCCUCUACUCUGUAGUCAUUAUAAGUGGUGUCUCAAGAGAAUUGAUUUUGCUGUGUUUUAUUGUAAAUUUUAACUCAUUUCGUGUUGGUGAAAUAUACAUUUUUAAGACAUGCAUCGUUGUUGUCUACCUCUGCCAAUAACUUUUUGCAGUUCUUUUUCUUCUUCUGUUUAAGUAACUGAAGUCUUCUGUAUUCUGUCUGCUGCUGAAAUUGUUUUGAACCGUGUUAACAUUUAAAAAUGCUGAUUUCCCCUCCACCACCAUCUGGUAGCAGUUUUACUAUUUGAUGGCUAAACCACAACAAUGGCUACAAACGUUGUUUCAAUUUUCAUGUCAAUAAAAAACAUUUUAUAAA